GGUUGAUCGCCAUGACAGUUUGCUUUUCGUCUGCUUCUUGUCGUCUUCAAUAAACACAAAUAUACGGUCAAGUUUUUAAUAAAAAAUUAAUUUUGCAGGCGAUAUUGCCUGACAUAUGUGCAGUAUGAGAAGCAUACUGUUUGAGUGCCUUUAGUCGAAAAAAACUCAGUUCUAAAACAACAAAGAUGUCUACUAAUCUUGAAACCGAGGUACAAGCCCUGAAGGAACAGGGGAAUACCUGUGUAAGGGAACAGAAAUAUGAAGAAGCAAUGUAUCAUUACACCCGUGCUAUCAAGAUCGAUCCGCAAAACUACUCGCUAUAUAGCAAUCGAUCCCUCGUCUUUUUAAGAAUGCAACAGUACCACUUAUCUAUGGAGGAUGCUUUUAUGACGAUUCAACUUAAGCCUGAUUGGACCAAAGGUUAUUAUCGCAAGGCUGAGAUUGAAUUUUAUACUUUCCGAUUUAGUGAAGCAAUUCAAUCUUAUCGAAAGGCUCUUGAAUUACAGCCAGAUGAUCCUAGCAUAAUAGACGCCAUAAACAGAGCAUCCAGGUCACUGAUACAAGACAGAAGAGCUGACCAGCAAAUUCCUUGGCUUGGUGCCGGAGUUGGAAUCAUCCUUGGAGUGAUAGUAGUAAUAGCCGAUUACGUAUUCACGAAUAAGCCCACAUUGUCGCACCCUAUUUUGAUGGUUUUACUAACAAUGGCGAUAGCCAUGAUCGGUUUCGGGGUAGCCAAAGGUUUUCGAUAUUUUGUCAAGUGCCAGAGAAGAUCUCUCCUCGAACCACCGGUCGAUCUCUUCGAGAACGAAAAAGAAGAAUCUCCUUCGGAUUCCGAGAAAAAUUCAGAAAAAGAUAAGCAUCCAAAGUAUAGUAAAGCACAAGCCAGAGAAAGAUUUAAAAAAGGGAAGUCAUAACAAUUUAUUUAAGAAGAUUUUCUAUUUUUUUUCAAUUAAAUAGAGUGCGCCCAAUUGUUGUCGCAGUUUCUUCAUUAAUAGAAAUUAUACCUCAAAAUGCGGUGGUGGAGUUACUUUGUUUUGUUUCUCAUUUGUAAUAAUCUCCUAAAGAAGAAAUUCUUAUGAAUACAUAAUACACAUCUAAUGAAAGAUCUUUACGAAAAGACCUUCCAUUUUUAACAACUUUCGAGGCAGUUUAAAGUCUUCGUAAUUACUAAAAUAAUUAAAUGAACCUGCCAUUAACCUAUUCUUCAGACACAAUGUGACUUAACAUUAAGAAU